AUGGUGCCUGCUAUGUCCCCUACCAUGUGGUUACAGAUCAAGUACCAGAUGGAAGCCAAAUGGGACCCAGGAGUUUGCGCCACGGCUACUGUAGAUCCAGGAGUACAGGUGCGGUGGCAUAGUCAGCUAGCCAGUCAUGGAAGCCUUGAGACACCAGGGCACCUGGGAUUUGAGUUCAAGGGCAGCUGUCUGUGGUCUGGCUCCUUAGGACCCUUCCUGGGUUCCUUGAAGAUGUUUGUGUGGUUUGUUUUCUUCUCCAUUCUGGGCCUUGGAUCCUGUGGCUCCUUCCCGGUGAUCUCUCGAACAGAAUGGGGAGCAGGGCGUUGCGGCUGCAGCAACCAGCUGGAGAUUCCUGUCCCGUACCUCAUCAUCCACCAUAUCCCUGGGCACAAGUGCCAUCAGAAAGCCUCCUGCCAGCAGAUGGUGAAGGGCUUACAAGAGCUUCACGUCAAAACGAAUGGCUGGUGUGAUGUGGCUUACAAUUUCCUGAUUGGUGAUGAUGGCAAUGUGUAUGAAGGCGUGGGAUGGGCCAUCCAAGGCACUCACACUGUGGGCUACAACAACAAGUCACAGGGAUUUGCUUUUGUGGGGAGUGUAACAGGAAGUUCUCCCAGUGCUGCUGCCUUGACUGCAGCUCAGAAUUUGAUCUCCUUUGCUGUCGACAAAGGUUACCUCUCACCCAAGUACAUCCAACCACUAUUUGUUCAGAGUGAGUCCUGUCUGGCCUCCCAGAAGAAUGGGGUAUCCAAGAGAGAAUGCCCUGACAUAAUUUCCCGGUCCUCCUGGGGAGCCCGAGAAACUUACUGUUCUAAGCUGCUUGAACCCGCCAAGUAUGUCAUCAUCAUCCACACCGUGAGCCACAGCUGCAAUGUGACCAAAGAGUGCAAGAUCUCUGUUCAAAACAUCCAGUCCUCUCACAUCGAUGAGAGGAAAUUCUGUGACAUUGCUUAUAAUUUCCUGGUAGGUGAGGACGGUAGAGUGUAUGAAGGAGUGGGCUGGGACAUCGAGGGCGCUCACACCUAUGGCUACAAUGACAUUGGUCUGGGAAUUGCUUUCAUUGGCACGUUCAGUGGAAUUUCUCCCAAUGCUGCAGCCCUGAAGGUGGCCCAGGACUUGAUCCAGUGUGGAGUGGACAAAGGCUACUUGAUUCCUGACUACCUUCUAGUGGGACACAGGGAUGUUGUUAACACGCUCUCCCCAGGGCAGGCCCUGUAUGAGAAAAUCAAGACCUGGCCUCACUUCAAACACUGA